AUCGCCAGUUUUAUGAUGAGUAUGAAAUCUCCUCUGAUCUUUCCGACUUUGUGUUUCAAAACUUUUUGAAAUUGACGCCGCACCUGACGCCUCCAAGUUUGAGAUCUCUUGCAUGGUGGCAUUGGGCUGGAUAUCAACAUUCAUAAGAUGGUGGUCAACCUCAAAUCAUCCAGGCAUCCAAGUUCUUCCUUUGUCCAGUCCUACGGCCCAGCAAGGGUUCAUUUCAGUCAUUGCUCUCAUUGCUCAUUUGUUGCAUCUCAAAUCUGCACACUCGUUGUCCAGCGUCCUUUCUUAUCAUAAUUUCAUCUGUGUUGUUGUUCGGUGGCAACCCAGUAUUUUUCUUACCGGCCUGAACCUGGCGUUCAGACCUUUAAAUUGCCCUCACCUUGACAGGGCAUGACUCGGCGCCUUGUUCCGGAUAGCAUGCCCAAAAAGCAAGCCAUUCCUCGUCGAGCUUCAGCACGAGUAGGGCCCUACGAAAGACGUCCAUCAACAACGACCAAUAUGGCCACGAUCAUGAAUCGGCCUAUGCAGUCAUGGCCAGCUCCCCACACCAACCAUCACCUGGGAUGGGAUGCCUCGAUGCAGUAUCCCCAACAACCUAUGUUGACGAAUGGGUAUAUGGAGAUGCAGCCUGUGCGCCCUCCUCCUCCAAUUCAGGCGCCGGCCAUGCAUAACGACUCUCUCAUCCGGCCAGGGACGAGUGGCCCAUGGACGGCGGAGGAAGAUUCUAUCCUGGUGGAUGAAAGAAGUCGAGGUUUGGCAUGGGACGACAUCCACAACCGACACUUUCCAACCAAGUCGGGCAAUGCAUGUCGCAAGCGACAUGAGAGGUUGAUGGUCAAGGCUCGGGAGUCUGACUGGGAUGACACGAGAAUCUCCAAUCUACUCAACGUGUAUCACAGUCAACGUGAGACCAUCUGGGCUCCACUAGCCAAGACGUUGGGAGAGAGAUGGGAAGACGUGGAAAAAGUGCUGUUUCAACAAGGCCUUCGAAGCCUCCGAGCAGGACAACGUGUUCGACAUAGUCGCACCCAAUCUCGCACGAGCUCGAAUGCAGCGGCGGUCAACGAGUUCGAGCGAGGAUCUUCACAUUCAGAGUACGACAACACAGACGACAGUGGGAUUGGACUGGGCCCAGGAGGUCACAGUCGAAGAAGCAGCGAACUCACCACAAUGGUGCCGCCGUCCAGUCUUCCUGGGGUUGACCACAUCUUGGCCCACCAGCACAUGACGGGCAGUUACGGGUCCGAGACACAAGGGGUGAAUGGGUACGGCGGUGUAACACACCCGAACAGCCAACUGCGGGAUUGGGUAUAAAAGCCACGAGGCGGACGGGAUAAGCCAGGAGACAAAAGUCUUCUCCGGUUUAGGGACAAUAGACAAAGGGUGUGGCGAUGAAGCGUUGACGAAUUUGCUUUUUUGUUACUGAAAGACUUGCAAUUGGAACGGGAGGGAUGUAUGACGACGAGUGGCAUUAUCAUGCAAGUCUAUCGAGCAGAGCGGCUCCAUGACACGGCGUUUUUGGGCGAACUUGUAACAUGUAUGAUGUAUCAGAUUGUACAGUAUCGAUCAAGAUCUACGACCAAGAUGUAUGUAAGAAGAAAC